AUGGCAGUACAAAAGAAAUGUGAGGAAAAUGGAGAAUUGCUUAUGGAAAAAGAACUCCUAACUCCAUACACGUAUCUCUUACAAAUAAGUGGUAAACAAAUACGAGUUAAAAGCGCCGAGGCUUUUAAUCAUUGGCUACAAAUACCGUAUGAGAAGAUGAAGGCCAUCGUAGAUACAGUCAACUCGAUCCACGUGGGAACAUUAUUGAUCGAUGAUAUUCAAGAUGAUGCAAGAGUACGACGUGGUUUGCCAGCAGCUCAUUAUGUCUAUGGAAUUCCACUUGUAAUUAAUUCUUCAGUCCAUGUAAUAUUUACUGGAAUGGAAAAAGCCGGGACCUUAUGUCGGAAGGGAGACAAAUUAGUUGCAAAAAGUUUUCUAGAAGCGUGUCGUGGUCAGGGUAUGGAAAUAUACUGGCGUGACCGUUUUGUGUGUCCGACUGAGGAGCAAUAUCGCAGGAUGGUGGAACUGAAGAUAGGUGGAAUGUUCUUGAUGCCUGUUCGCAUGAUGCAAUCAUUAAGUGAAAACAAGACAGAUUACAACCGCUUUGCGCUACUACUGGCAUACUAUUUCCAGAUUAGAGAUGACUAUUGCAAUAUAUGUAAACAAGAGGCGUUAGAAGAAUGGCCUGGAGCUGAAGAAAAACAGGUUUGUAAAGAUGAUAGUUUCUGCGAGGACAUCACGGAAGGCAAAUUCACAAUAAUGAUCAUACACGCGAUGAAGACUGCAGCAUGCGAAGAAAUUAUGAAUAUUCUUCGUAAAAGAACUCGCGAUGUUAAUUUGAAGAAGUACUUUGUGUUGCUGCUGGAGAAGGCUGGCAGUUUGAAGUACACGGAGGACGUGCUAUCGGAGCUCGACCGGAAAUUAAGGGCCGAGGUCGCUCGCUUUGGAGGUAACCCGAUGAUGGAAUCUGUCCUCGACGAACUUUUGAGUUGGAAAUCGUGAAAGAAACAUUGA